GGUCUUUGAGAUUUGAGUGGGUUUCAGAAGGUUGGACAACUCGAUCUCGAGAAGAACUGGGAUUAAGACAGGAGGAGAAAGCCGGUGGUGGGGACAGUGUACGUACAACACAAUGGACCCGCCCGGGUGGGUAGCGAGCCGAACGAGACGAGCGAUCGGCGCUCUGGCGGAAGUUGCUGACACUACUCUCAGUUGGCAGUACUACGCGAGACCGCGGCAUCGAUAGGUAUCGCAUGGUUAGUUGUUGUGGGUGGAUGAGUGUUUCGGACGAGUUGGUGCUUGUGACAAGUUUUCCUUAAUCUGGCUACCUAUUUACCGAAAGAAUGAUUCGGGGCGAUUCCGCUGUGUGCAAAUCCUGUUAUCUCUGUAUAUAACCUUCAAGAUCUUCCUCGAGAUCAGCGGAAAAAGUUGAAGAAAAAGCUAUGGUGUGCGGGACUCGUGUCCAGUUUACGUGUGCGCGACUUAGGUGAUAUUGGCAUUCUUGUGGCAUGGUGUUUAUUGGCGACGCUGAUUGUUGGAUUUCCAGUCGCGUAAUCGAGGACACACCAUGAGACGAAUUAGUGUUGGCGGUAUGAGCCGGCCAUCGAAAGCUGUGACCCAGGUGAAGAAAGUAGCACCACCGGCCGUCCCUGACGUAUUCCGGCAUUCCGGCUCUUCCUUUGGAUCGGCAGGAUACGCUAGCAGUGAAGAUGGAUGUUUUUUGUCCAGUGGUACCGGUGGCGGAGGAGCCGUCGACGACGGUUCCUACGGGAUGCCGUCUGGGAAGAGUCCGGGGCCCAUUUUCACUCACCCUGGUUUCGCUUUCCCUCCGAUCGUCGGCAAAUACACCCACGCCGAGGAUCAAGGUAUCGACAUGACACAAAGCCCCGGAAGAGAUAGCCCAGGGAGUUCAGGUUCAGGAUCUGGUUCGAGGCAUUCGACAGCGUCGCUUGAUUCUGGAAGAGCUUCCGGAUAUCAUUUAGGUCCGAGAGGACACGGUGCACUCACAUCAUCGCCUAGGUGCUCGAUUAGUUCCCUUGGAAGUCAUCCCGACAGGCCCGGAGAUCUUGAUGUCGUUCAUGCCUGGCUGACCGAGCUGCAAUUUGAAGAGUACUUUCCUUUAUUUGCUUCAGCUGGUUAUGAUCUCGCUACUAUAACCAGAAUGACUCCUGAGGAUCUCACGGCAAUAGGUAUUAAGAAGCCGAACCACAGGAAACGACUGAAGGCGGAAAUAGAUAAUUUAAAUAUAGGAGAUGGAUUGCCGGAGCAUGUUCCGGGAUCGCUGGAAGAGUGGCUCAGGUUAUUAAGACUCGAGGAAUAUCUCGGAGCUCUUCAUCAACAGGGUAUGCGUUCAGUCGAGGAUGUCACGACUCUCACAUGGGAGGAUCUUGAGGACAUCGGCAUCGUUCGACUCGGUCAUCAGAAAAAGCUGCUUUUGGCCAUUAAACGUGUUAAAGAUAUUCGUGCCGGAAAGCGUAUUCAACCACUGGAUUUGGCUCGUCUUCCUCCGCAUCCAGGACAAACGCAGGAUGUUGUGAUUCAACGAGGUGCUCCCGAUUUACCAUCGCCGGAUGAGGACUGCACGUCACCGGUACUUAGAUCUUUCCAAAGAACCGGCAACGAAAACACUUCCUGUGCUACGUGGAGGAGUAUGUAUGGUGCGUUGCCAGCUGGGCUGGAUUAUAAUACAGUGGGGCGAGGGAAUCCGAGAGGAAAAUCUCUCGAAAGUUUGGAAGACGCUCCCGUUACUUAUCCACCCUCGCCUGCACCAGUUGUGCACCCACAACCUGUAGACUGGAGACCGCGUAGUUAUGAAGACGGUGAUUUAACUCCGACCAACGAAGGUUCUAUUAUCGAAGUUGGAGGCGGAACACUUCCCAGACCUAGACAUUGUCUCGUUCGACCAAGGCCAGUUGCAAAGGUGAUGGCGACUCCAGGACAGUUUAAAUCAUUGCCACGAGAUUUCGACAACAAAUAUCAAUUGACGUACGGAUUGGAAAGCAGCCCUAACUUGUCGAAGAGACGUCCUCCUUCGCCACCCAGGCGCCAGAGUUCUAGGGACAUGGGUUCUGCAGUUGUCGGCGGUGGUAACGUAGGAGAUGUAGUGAUAGAUUGCAGCGGCCCUGUACCGACUGCCACGUGUGACGAUCAUCAUCUUCAUCAUCAUCACCAUCCUCCACCUCCUGCCCCAGCGGCUCCUCCAUCAACACCACCUCAACUGAAUAGGCCGCCUUCUUCCAUGUCUCGUUCCUGGGGCAGUGUCAGCGUCAACGUUAACGAAGAACAUGAGCUUAUUGCCACUCUUGCCCUGCAACACCGUAACGGAUCGGACGCUAGUUUUAAAUCGAGUUCCAGUACAGAAUCGGAUUCUCUGCCGUUCGCGAACGAGAAUGCCGGUACGAUAAAGCAGAGAGCAGCAAGGGCGCAGGAAUACGUCGGGAACACAGCAAAUAUUGGCAACCACCUGGUGAAUCAUCAUACAGGCGGUGGAGAACCCGCAGACGUUUUAAACGACAUCGGGAAUAUGCUGACAAAUCUCACGAAUGAAUUGGACGCGAUGCUCGAAGAGGAGAAGCGUCAAGGCCUGAAUUCAUAAUCACCACUGCCUUCGUUCGCACUUUUACAAUUGAAAAUGUUGCCAUAAAUGACGAGACUACCAGACUACAACAAUCAAGAUAAUAAACAUUCCCAAAUCACAGCCACAAUGUGAUGAGGGUUCGAAGAAGCCUGGAGGAGUGGACUGUGCACAAUUUCUGAUAUAGAGCUUGUUGACUGACUUUUCGAGGGAUUAGAUCCCGUUUUUGAAACAUACCGAAUUUUCGUUUCUAUUUUAUAUAAGAUCUUCAAGGAAUCACCAGAAUUUUGAUACGAAUUUUUACGCAACUUGCUGUUUUGUUAGUCCUCAGAGAGAUAUUUGCUACUGCACAAUUAUCUAGAAUUCUUGGCAAGUAUUUUCACGAUUAUUGCGGAUUCGAAACUUACGCGCGUACUUAAACAAAUCUUUGCAUACAUCAGUAUGCGUUUUAAUAAAUUUGUAAUGUAAAUCGAAUUAAGUUUUUAGUGUACCAUUGUUAUAUGAACUCACAAAAAUGUUAAUUGUUGAUUCGAAAUAAAUUUGAUAAUAAUGCUUCAUAUCCUGAGCGUAACUUACCAAAAGAAAACGAAAAAUGCCAGGAGAAUUAGUAAAAUUUUAUUAAACGCAUACUGAAUAUUUUUUGAGACUUUGUAAAUCUGUUCUAAGUCUAGCGUUCCAGUUGGAACACAUUCAGUAAAACUACAGGUAAGUUCACUCCGUAGACUUUGGCGGACAAUACAUUCCGAAAUGUAUAUUUUCUCACAUCCGUCCUCUUGCGUUGAAAUACAACUUUCACUGAUGUAGAUUUGUUUAGGAAGUAGGUAUUACGAUCAGUGCAUUAUUGUUUGCAUUAUUGUUUUCACGUUUUUCCAAAUGUUUGUAAGCCGUACGUAAUUGGUUAAAACGAUCGAGGCAAUAAAAGUAGACGUAUGUUACUGAAUGCCAAUUAAAGUUUUAUACUUAUUGCUUAUAUCGCCUACUUGGAAAGCCAACGUUAAUCAACUCUACUGCGGUUGAAAGAAAGGAAGAAAGAAAGGAGGAAAAAAAAAGAAAGAAAGAACGAAGCAAAACGCCCAAUCACAGCAGAUCGUCCGGAAUUCGUCGAUAUGCAUUGAAUCAAACAGUUGAGUGUGAAGAGUAAUAGAGUAUAAUAAAGUAUAGAAAUGUAAUCGACGACGAUUUUCAGAAGUUCUGCCCGUCGUUAAGGCUUAAAAGGGUAAGAUACUCUGACUCGCAUAAAAAAGUAGGUACUUUUAGCACCACUCCUCCAGCUCAGAGAGUGCGCCCUUGGCAAAAGGCGCGAACGGCAGUAAAUCACAAGUGAAACGUACACACACUCUACUUAAGAUAAACUUAACGUAAGAUUAAUCGAUUAAAAAUUCAGCCCCAUCAAAGUCGGGCUGCGGACUUGUCUUGUUAACUAUUGUAGGUGUAUAGUUAUAUAUUAUAGAUACCAUGCGCUAGCAGUGAUUUUGAGUACCUCAUAUCACGACGUUACAGAAUACGGACCAGCAGUUUAAUUCCUACUUUAGUUAAACUUGCUAAAAGUCUUACUUAUAAGGUAAAGAUUCAAAUACCUAAACUGAAUUAAAAUGAUGUAUGUAUUACAUAUUGAUGAAGCCCUUUUGAAUUCGACCAAAUUUGAGGGUCAAAUUUUUUCGAAUUCAAAGUACUUUAUAAUUGGAAUGCUUUUGAAUUUGAAAAGCUAUCAAUUUCAAGUGCACUUGGAAGGAUUUGGGUCCCAACUUGGGAAGCAAACAUUUUUAUAGAAAACUUUCCAAGUUUACGAUGUAUAGCGUUUACCUUUUUACACCAUGUAUUAAUAUAGUUGCGAUGAAAUAAUCUGUCUACUGAUGACGGAUCGGCGAGAUAUAUUAUGUACUUAGCGCAAACUGCGGAAUAGGACAAGUUUUUCAUGGAUCCUGAAUGUCUUCCGAUACUUGAGAACUGAAGUUCGAACUGACUGUACUAGAUGAUUUUCCACGUUUCCUUUUUUUUCGCGAAGAAAGCGAGUUUUUGGCGCUUCUACGACCACUUCUCAAAGACUUGACUGUACGGAGCUACGGAAAAUGACUCGAAGUCAUUGUUUCUACAUGGUACAUACAUAUUAUAUAUAAAUAUAUUAGUUAUAGUUUUUGUACAAAGGUACGCGCCCUACGGCCUCGCCUAGUGAGCCGUGCGCCCGCCUAUAUUGUAUUGUACACCACCCUUCCAUGUUGGUUUUAAUAUGCAUUAAAUAUAUUAUUUGAUUUAACAACUAUAAAGAAAGAAGAUUGAUCUUUAAAUAAAGACUUUGACACGGGCA